AUGUCGGUAGGUUGUUAUGUUUCUCUCACUUCAGAAGGACCGAAUUCUGAGUUCAUGUGGGCCCGCUUAAUCUAUAGUGCUCUGCGUGCACCAUUAUAUCAUCUGUAUUUUGAGUUGCUGUUAAUUUUUGGCAUCAUAUGGCUGUUGUUCAAACGGAGAUAUCGGAUCAAUGACUUAGUCCAACUAACCAGCGCAGAGAAAAGACAAUUAGUUGAUGAAUGGACACCCGUUGGUUUAGUGCCGGAAGAUUGGCAUCCUCCGCAAAAUCUACUUCGACAGUUUCAUCGUUGCGCCACUAGCGCAAUCACAAAGUACGUUACGUACCAUCCCAGUGGUUCAGGUGAUGGGGCUGAACGAAGGCAUUUGAACUUCGCUUCGAUGAACUUUCUGGACUUCGUAGGCGAUCCUGACCUAUCAGAAACGGCCAUCGCGCAAUUAAAACGUUAUGGCGUUGGAUCUUGUGGACCCAGAGGGUUCUACGGCACCUUCGAUGUUCACUUGGAGUUGGAGAAGAAUAUCGCUGACUUCCUUGGCGUGGAGAAAGCUGUCGUGUACUCUUUUGGUGCAUCCACAUUUUCAAGUGCGAUUCCUUCGUAUGCCAAACGUACAGACGUCAUAUUUGCUGACGAUGGUAUCAGUCACGCGGCUUACCAAGGUAUUGUUGCCUCUCGGAGUCACGUGCGCUUCUUUCGUCAUAACGACAUGGACCAUUUGGAGGAGCUAUUGAAGGCCCAGCAAGAAGAGGACCGCAGCGAUCCAAAGCGCGCCAUGCUUACCCGGAGAUUCUUGGUUGUAGAAGGAUGCUACUUGAACUACGGGGAUAUCUGUCCGCUACCAGCAUUGGUCGCCCUAAAGUACAAGUAUAAAGUUAGGAUCUUCUUGGAUGAAACCAUGUCAUUCGGCGUACUCGGUGCAACAGGCCGCGGUGUAACGGAAUAUCAUGGGGUUGACAUCGAUGACAUAGAUUUGAUCUGUGGUAAGUAA